AUGGCCACGAAAUAUGUUGAAUGGGGUUGUUGCGCGAAGGAUAAUGAAACUGAUGAAAAUUUGGUAGAUGAAAAAUUCAUUAAAUGCACCAGUUGCGGGAAAUCUUAUCACUACGCAUGUUUAUCUGUCACGGAAUCUCCAAACAAAUCUUGGAAAUGUCCCACAUGUUUAAGUUGCGCUCCUAAAGUUAAUAGGAAGGACUCAACUCCUAUACGUAACGUGCAGAUGAACAGAGGCAACAAAAGAGUCGCUAUUGGCUCACCAUCGCCGCCACCAAUAGCAAGUAACAAGGAUGAGAUACGGACUAUGAUCCGAGAUAUAAUAAAAACAGAAUUCAAUCUAAUUUUGACACAAUUCAACAAAACAGUAGUCAGCACAAUAAAUCAAGAAAUGGAACCUAUUAGAAAAGAAAUUCAAGAAGUAGUGGCAUCAAUGUCAUUCAUGAAUGACAGAUUUGAAGCCUUCGAGAAAAGUCAACAAUUUACUGUUGAAGUCAUCAAAAACCUUGAAUCUGAAAAUAAAGAGUUGAAAAACACGUUCAAGGCUCUAAAGCCUCAGGGUAAAUAUAACGCGGAUUAUUGUCCAUAUGGCGGCAUAAGUCGGAUAUUGCUUGUACCUACUCACAGUGACUGCACUGUUGAUCAGCCUAUUGCAGUCCACUGCUGCUUGAUACAACAACAAACGCGCCAACGAGACAGCAGCGUAAAUAAUAUAUGUAAAACAUUCUCCUAA